AUGGAAGGGAAUUCUUCACAUGCUUUUGUGAAUCCGUCCACCACCACUCCUACUAAUACGAGAUCGAAUGCCAAUACAACUAGUGUAAAGCAAAUAAAGAUAUGGAUCAAUGUCAUUGGAGAAUAUGGAAGAGGUAUGUCGGCUCCAAGUUAUCAUAAUAUGCGGGUGACAUUGUUAAAGGAUGUGUUAGAAGAUACCCACAAGAAAGAUUUUGGAAGAACAACAUCCAAAAUUUGGACUCAAUGUGCAGCACACUAUGUGAACCUCAUUCUACAAGAUAUUGGGAAGAAAAAGGCAACAAUCGCGACUGCUUUAACUAAAGUAAGAGCUAUUGUGGUUUAUGUUUAUAACCACGGAAGGAUUCUCAAUAUGAUGAGAAAGUUGACAAAGAAUAGAGAGUUGCACAGAUCUUGUGUAACUAGAUUUGCUACCCAGUUUUACACCUUACAGAGUGUCCAUGAGAAUCGACAUCAUCUCCAAGUGUUGUUUGUAUCUGAGCAAUGGAGAAAAAGUGAUUUUGCAAAGAAAGCUCCUGGAAAGAGAGUUGAGAAGAUAGUAGCAAAACAAUCUUUUUGGGAUGGUGUAUAUUUAGCUUGCCAAAUAUAUGCUCCACUGGAGGAUACUGUUCGUUUGGUUGACACAGAAGAAAGGCCGUGCAUGGGAUACAUCUAUAAUGCGAUGAGUCGAGCGCAAGAUCAAAUAAGCAAAAAUCUAAAUGAUGGGAAUAAUGAUAAAAAAAGAUUGGCAGUAGAAUUUUUUCUAUCAGUGCUUCACCUUGUGAACGAAAUUGAAGUACAUUUGAUAAUCUACAUUUUAAGAAAAGAAAUUGUCUUUUGCAACAAAAACUAAAUAAACUUUUAUUCAUCCAAU